UGACACUUCGUCACUGAGCCGUGGACUUGGAUUAUAAUGCAGAGCCCGGGAGGGAAAUGGGCAGCGAGGUGAACUCUGUAGCCUGUGUUUCGUGAACCGCGGCAGCGAGCUGGUGUCUGCGCACGCUAAAUCGGAUAGAGUACCUUUGUUCCAAUGGCACAGGAGAAUGAGGCACCGAAAGACAGAAUCCCCAGAAUCGAUCCCUAUGGUUUUCAAAGGCCUGACGAAUUUGAUUAUGUGUUUUAUGAAGACUUCAAUUCCAGAUACCUUACAAUUCUUACCAGGAGGGCUAUAAAGUGGUCCAAGCUCUUGCAGAAAUCCACAGCUGUAGAAAAGAGCAUUAAAGUUAAGCGGUAUAUUAGGAAAGGCAUUCCUAGCGAACAUCGCUGCAAUGUAUGGAUGAUCAUUAGUGGGGCCCAGGCUCAAAUGGAUCAAAAUCCUGGAUACUAUCAAAGUGUACUGGAUGAGGGGAAAAGGAAUCUAAAACUUGAGGAUGCUGUUCGUACCGAUCUAAACAGAACAUUUCCCGAUAAUGUGCAGUUUCAUAAAACCGCAAAUCCAUGUUUACAGACCAACUUGUACAAUGUCUUGGUGGCUUAUGGGCAUCACAAUAAAAGCGUGGGGUACUGUCAGGGUAUGAAUUUUAUUGCAGGAUACCUAAUCCUGGUUACAAAAGAUGAAGAAAAAUCCUUUUGGUUGUUAGAUGCUCUAAUUGGACGCAUUUUGCCUGAUUACUACAGCCCAGAAAUGAUUGGUCUCAAAACCGACCAAGAGGUUCUGGGGGAGCUGGUGAAGAUGAAGAUUCCAGCAGUGGCUGAUUUGAUGGAGAGAAAUGGUAUGAUGUGGACGUUGGUGGUCUCCCGGUGGUUUAUUUGCUUAUUUAUUGACAUCCUUCCAGUAGAGACAGUGUUGCGAAUAUGGGACUGCUUAUUCUAUGAGGGAUCAAAGAUUAUUUUCCGUGUGGCCUUAACACUAAUCAAGCAUUACAAAGCAUUCCUGUUAGAAGCCAGAAAUUUUCCUGAUAUUUGUGAGAAGUUCAAAGCGAUUACUAAAGGAAAAUUUGUUACAGAAUGCCACGACUUCAUGCAGAGAAUCUUUGUUGAACCUGGAAGUCUAUCUCGAUCUACUAUUACCAAACUCCGAGAAAAACACAAGUCGACGCUACUCACUCAGGAAUAAUUCAAGAAUUCUGAUCUUCGGGAAAUUAUGAAUUACACAUUCCAUUAUUACGACUGUACAGAUUAACCCCCUACAAGGACAUGAUACAAAACAUGUUGUAGGAUUGACCAUGAGGGGGGGAAAGGAUAUCACUGACUGUUAGCCGAGACCAACCCACCUGCCUUUAAGUGCUUAAUACUUUUUGUACUGUACUUUAGUAGAAACUAUAUUUUGUGAUUUUGUAAAUUUACUUGAAGCAUGUACAUUUAAUCUGUUAAGACUUGUAAAUCAGAUCUAUAUUAAAAUAUUUAUUUUCAA